UAUUAUUAUCUGACUGAUGCUUGUAUCUUUCACCUUUUAUAUAUUAGGAAUGCACGCGCGCGCGUUCAUUUUUCUGCAAGUAAAGACUGUCAUGAAGACCCUGUUCUUUGUCAUUGGUCUCUGCAUCCCGUUCACCAAGUCACAUUCUGUACGGUCGUAUAUGGAGAGUGAUUGUUCUGACCCAGAGGAAAGCGCUAUAGCUGAGUGCUUCAAACCGAGAGACCCCUGCUGCUACCUGGCGACACGAUAUGACGUCACCGGAUGUUUUCUUGGGUGCAAUACAAGAUGUUUAACAAACAGGGACCCUUCCACGUGUAACACCUGUCCUGACCCAGAUUUGAGCGACUGUCUACAGAAGCCCCCGGGCUGUGAGAUAGGGGACCUCUUCUAUGUGGGCGUUAACUACUCUCACGGCUGCUUCCAGAAAUGUCUUGUGCAAUGUUGACGGAAAAGUAAAAGAAAGCACCAGGAUUGAUUUUAUUUUAUGUUUUAUUCACUGAGUCGGUAUAAUAAACUGAUUUCUUUUUAUCA